AUGGCCGGCAAGGUUGCACACUACAAUCCCCAAAUCGAAAUGGUUGGCGCAGAGAAUAGGGGUAACGUCACAUGUUACCUUGACUCCCUGCUGUUUGCCAUGUUUGCGAAACUCGACGCCUUCGAAUGUAUGCUGAAGAACGACUUCACGGACGAACCAAGGCGCAAACUAGUCACGCUUCUCCGAUUGUGGGUGAACAUGCUCAGGAGCGGGAAAAUGAUUCACGCAGAUAUGACGAAACUGAUUCAGGAUGCGCUGGCUGAGUGCGGCUGGAGUGACGCCAAGCUCCUGGAACAGCAAGAUACUUCGGAAGCCUUCGCGUUCGUCACAGAAACGCUCCAAUUGCCCCUGCUGCAAUUACAAGUCGACCUCUUUCACCAAGGCAAGAACGAUAAGGACGACCAUAAAUUGGUCUACGAAAGACUCCUCAACCUCGCUGUACCUCCUGAUUCGGAAGGUAAGGGGAUCAGGCUAGAAGACUGCUUGGAAGAAUACUUCAACACACAGGUUGAUGUACUAAGGGACAGCCACGAAGACAAGAAAGAGGCGGAGAGGGCAACCCCGAAUACCAAUACGAACGGGAUACGGAUUGUUACUCAAGAGAAUGAGCUAGAGGCUGGCGCGCAAGACACGCUGAGUGCGUCCCCCGCGCAGCUUUCUCCCGUCCUUGAGCGGCGGUGGACAGCCUCGCAAACACCCAAUGGCGUGCCAGAGUCUCCCAGCAGCUCUUCGCGGCCAACUCCAAGACACCGUUCAACUAGUGUUAUACAACGCGUGGUACUGGAGGAGAAGGACAAAGACAAGGGAAAGGAGACUGAGCCAUCCACUAUGCUGGAAAAGGCGCGACGAACGAGCUCUACCGUGGUGAAAGCCGUGACGAUUCCGGCCUGGCAGUUCUUCAGAUUGAUUCCAUGGCACGCCGCCGGAAACAAGGAGCCCAAGAACGACAUGGAGGUUGCUAUGAACUUCAACCAGCGUCCUGUCGUCGGCAUCUGCCUGAAGCGGUACAUGAUGUCGAACUCCGGCGUUCCCCAACGCCAGAAUACCUUUAUCGAUAUUCCGGACAGUCUGAGGCUUCCGCACUUCAUGCUCGGCGAUGAGACACAGCUUGAGGAAGACCCCAAUGGCUUCAGCAUGGAGUAUAAGUUAGUGCUGCAGUCUGUGGUCUGUCAUCGUGGCGAUUCUGUCUACAGCGGACACUACAUUUCAUUCGCCAGAGUUGCGCCUAAACUCCUCACCGACAAUAGAAGGCACGACAAUGACCCUCCUCCCGACUACGAGGAGGCGCAAUGGGUCAAAUUUGACGACUUGAAUAUCGAAAACAGGGUGACUUAUGUGGACGACAUCAAGCAAGCUUUGAAGGACGAGAUGCCCUACCUCCUGUUCUACCAGAUCGUACCGAUGGUAGAGGUGGCGUCGACGGAAGAGACGGAAACUGAGCCUCCUUCUUACAACGAGUCCAAGGUCAGCGUCAACCUACCGACCACACCGAACCCGGUCAACGGCAAUAACUCCGGAAUGUCAUCAUCGCGGAGCGACUACUUCGAGAACACAUCAAUAUCUCCACCCAAAGCGCCUAGCAUCCGCUUUUCGUCGGAAUUGGAGCGUCCUAGCCGCAUAAGUUUCGGUGAUGACGAGCCAUACCUAGGUUUCAAGGAUUCUCGAAGGGGCAGUGUUACCUUCACAGACUCCACCCUAGGCACGCCAGCAAUCACGCCGGAUGCCAUAUCGCCCGCCGUGACCCCGGGAGAAGAGACGACGGCUCAAAGGCUUUCGCGCGCCGCCGCCCUCUUCACGGGCAAGAGCAAGAGCAGACCUACGAGUCAAGCAGGAGAGGGCCGCAUCAGUCUUACCAUGACUCGACUCGGCGGGCUCAUGCGACCCAGCAAGGAGCCGCUCCGUGACCCCAACAGUAACGUGAGCAGCAACGCGCUCGCCACAUCCAUCAGUGCACCUAUUCCUGAUCCAGUGACUGAGGAGGAAUUUGUCGAGAACGCUGAUGCCGAACCAACACCAGUUGCGGCACCAGUUACAGAAACCGACAGAAAAGAAUCCAAGGACUUCAAAGAAAGAAAGUCAUCAGAGCAUCAUCACAGGCAUCACAAGAGAGGCAAGUCCAAGAGCCGCUCUACAGAGAAAAAGAAGCACAAGGAUGGAGAUGAGCCAGAGCGAGAGUGCGCAGUGAUGUAA